AAAACUAGCCUCUAACCACAGAAAACUAGCCCCUAAACCACCGAGGCUAGAGCGCGGGCGGAGAGAGUAUGCGCGUGUCUGUCGUCUGCAGCUGAAGGGCGAAAACAAGUCCGAGUGUUUGCUAGCCUAUCAAGUUUUUAAGCGGCGAGAAGUUAGUCGGUGUUUUUAGUGGCGCAGUCACUGCUAUAAGAAGCAGAUAAGUUUACUAAUGGGGUAAAUCACACAGCAAUCUGUUAUCAGUUGCUGAUUUAGGGAAGGAUUUUUAUAAGUAGGGCCUGUCGUCUGCCAGUUUGAAAAGUUAAAAAUAUGAAAACGAAAUUUAAUUAUCAAAUAGCGAAACAAAAAAUUUUUAAAAAUCAAAGUGGUUAAACGGAUAUAGUAAAUAUUGUUAAUAGGAUUAGUUGUUUUAAUUGUUACCAUGGUCAUCAACAGUUUAAUCUUUUUCUGGAUUCUACAAAUAAAAAGCGAAAAAAAAUUUCUUAGAAUGUUGGUGAAUUUGAAACGAUUUAAGAGGGAAGUAUAAUUGUUAUCUUAAGCACUGAUUCUGUUAAGAGUUAGUGGUAUCCAUGGUAACAUGAGGGAAUCACUGUUAGCCAUUUCUUUAUUUAUAUGUUUCGCGCUCGAUAUGGCGGCCGAACAGUUUGGUGUGUUCAAUGCCACCAGCGAAAGUGAACUAUUCAGGCUAGUCCAGGAGAGUAAGACAGGAUAUGACUAUCUGACAACCAAUGUCAAGGACGCGCGCAGCGUAACCACGUGCGCUGCGUCCUGUCUUCAGACGGACCACUGCACCGGAUUUGUUUUCCAUCAGAACGUAACCCUAUGUGAACUGGUCAGUGAGUACUGUGGUGGCUCGCUGUACAGACCUUCAGAAGGGCAGCUCUACACAAGCAAAGGUUUAUGUCUGGACAAAGUCAGCUAUCAAUAUAUUGACAUUGGCAUUGAGUGUGAAUUCUGUCUCAAGGUCAGCAAUAUAUCUGUGCCGGGGGUCACUUUUGAGGAGGCCAGAAACAUCUGCAGGUCUGAUGGAGGUAAAUUGUUGCAUUUUGAAGACCUUCGGAGCCCAGAUUUUCAAAAUCUACUACAGUUAGCCGAAGCAACAGAAUUCGCCGACUCUUUUUGGAUAGGAAUCAACUCUCUGAACGUGCCUGACCAACUAGCCUGGGACCACAGCGACGUCCCACUGACCGAGACGGAGCUGAAUGUUCUGGAACUCUACGAGCCCAUCACACCUGAGGCUCCGGUCUGUAUCUACAUGAGCAGCUUCUUCCAGGAGUACUACGCUUCGAACUGCUCAUCUCCGAGGGGCUACAUUUGUCUGAUUGACACGUGACUGACUACAGGAUGGAGUGACCAAUCAACGAAAAGUUAACUUCAGGAUGGAUUGACCAAUCAAAUAAACGUUUAACGCUAUUAGGAUUGGUUCUGAAACUCAGGAAACAUUCCGAGCAGAUCAAAUCGAAUGUAUUUCUUUAACUCAACAUUGACUCGGACAUGUAGAAACUAGAGCUCUAUGGGGGACUUGGCUCAUUAUGUGUACAAAACAUUCUGAGAUCUAAUCAAAUGCUUCUCCAUCGAUUUAAUAUCGUUUAAACAAUACUAAAAGUCUCCAUUCAAACAUUGAGUCCAUGCUACCCCUUUUAAAUACUCCAAUGUAAACUACGUCACUGAUCAUUGAUCUAUCGUAUAGGGAUGCUAAUCCCAAGCUGUAUAUAAAUAAGUAUAAUUAUAUAUAUAUAGUUGACUAUUUACAAAUAUAAACAACUGACCCAGUGUUACGAAUAUGACGUGUACAAAAAAACAACAACAAAAAGUGAUGACGUAGAUUGUAUGUACUCAAUGCGAAGUUUACAUUAUACAUUUCAAUCUAUGUAUGCAUUAUAAUACGGCUCCUCGUGUCUCUGAAGACAAUGGAUGCGCCCAGAUGAGUCACUGGCUUUGGUUUCGUCUUGAGACGGGGCAGAAUCUGGUGUGAUUGAUCAUGCCAUGUCUGAAGCGGCAGAGUUUGCCACAGUUCGUGCAUGUAUAUGCAUCUGUCCAUUGUUUCUUGCCGCAGACUCGUGAAGGUUCUAAUCCUUAACACACAUGCUGAUACCCCACACGAGGUCCUUGAACCUAGCAUUAUUGUGAUAGUCAUUGUCUUUUUCCCCCCAGUCUUUAUAAAGUAUUACAUUGCCAGUAAGAACACAAGAAAAUGUUAAGGUCCUCCAAAAGUGCAAUGUGAAUAUAUUAUUAACAUUUAAAUUUUAUUAAUGCCAUUUUACUUGGUUAUCAACUUAAUACGGAUUGAUAGUUAUGUUUGUUUAUUUUUUUCAGUACUUAUUCAGUUUAAAUCUCAAGCCAUUUCUAUAACACACAAGACAAGUUGGACAACCAUGUUAACGGAUCCGCGUCCAGACUGUACAACAUGGUCGGGAACAGUGGCGUAG